AAUCGAGUCGCGGAUAACCUUGACUGAAAAAUCGCUAGUUUUAACCAAACAAAUUGACUUUAUAUAGUACUUGACGUGUUGACGAAUAUUCAAUAAUUUUCAAUUAUUUAAACAAUUACUAUGACGUCAUAUUUUAUUGGCGUUGAUGUCGGUACGGGUAGUGUAAGAGCAGCUCUAGUGACCGAAAAGGGCAAAAUACUAAAUUGUUAUGUGAAAUCUACGCAAACCUGGAAUAUACAACCGGACUUUUACGAACAAAGUACCGAUAAUAUAUGGGAAGCCGUCGUGACAUGCGUCAAAAAAGUAAUAAAAGGACAAGAUGCCAAGCAAAUUAAGGGAAUUGGUUUUGAUGCCACCUGCUCGUUGGCUUGCUUUGACAAGGAUGGGAAACCUUUGACCGUUAGCCCUUCAGGAAAUAACCAACAAAACGUGAUCCUUUGGCUGGACCAUAGAGCCAUGAAAGAAACCGAAUUCAUCAAUAGCCUGAACCAUCCGGUUUUAAAAUACGUGGGCGGCAAAAUCUUUCCAGAAAUGGAAACCCCCAAACUAAUGUGGCUAAAAAGGUACUUGAAAGACACCUGGAGAAAUGCUGGAUAUUUUUUUGAUUUGCCAGAUUUUCUUACCUGGAGAGCAACGGGGGUAGAUUCGCGAUCUUCAUGUUCUUUGGUGUGCAAAUGGACCUACGAAAUGAACGUGGAGGGAGUAGAAGCUUGGAAUAAAAGCUAUUUUGAACAAAUAGGUUUGGAUGACUUGGCUGAAGAUAAUUGGAAGAAAAUUGGGUCUACCGUUCAAUAUCCUGGACAACCUGUAGGAAAAGGUUUGUCAAAGUUGGCAGCAGAAGAACUGGGGCUACUCCCUGGCACUCCAGUGGGAACUUCCAUGAUAGACGCCCAUGCUGGAGGCUUAGGGUUAAUUGGUUGUAAAGCAGACUGCAUUGAUCCAGAUUUUGAAACUAGAGUGGGUCUAAUUUGCGGUACGUCAACUUGCCAUAUGGCUGUGUCCAAGGAAGCCACAUUUACUCCAGGUGUGUGGGGUCCAUAUAAGAACGCAAUGAUUCCUGGAAUGUGGCUUAAUGAAGGUGGACAAAGUACUACAGGGAAGCUUGUUGAUCAUGUGAUUGAUACGCAUCCAGCUUCUCUCGAAAUUAAGAAGAAAUUGGGAAAUAUGCAUAUUAUAGAGUAUCUUAACAAUGUUCUCUAUGAUCUGGCUAAGAAGGAAAACCUAAGCAAUCCAGCUUUUUUAACCAAAGACUUCCAUGUUUAUCCAGACUUUCAUGGAAACAGACUAUUGAGUGAUCCAACUUUAAAAGGGAUGGUUACAGGGUUAACUUUAAACUUUGAUGAAGAAAGUCUGGCAUUGCUAUACUUGGCUACUGUGCAAGCUCUCUCAUAUGGCACUAGACAGAUUUUGGAUCGUCUAAAAGAAUCUGGAUAUAGUAAUCUGAAAUCUACUUUGAUCUGCGGAGGUUUGAGCAAAAAUCCUAUUUUUACUGCUGCUCAAGCAAAUGUUUGCAAUCUUCCAGUCAUUUGUCCAGACGAAAUUGAAAGUGUUCUACUAGGAUCUGCUAUUUUAGGAGCAGUAGCUGCAAACCACUUUGAUACUCUGGAGCAUGCCAUCCAGACCAUGGGGGGUGAAGGGAAGGCGGUAUUUCCAGAUCCGACCACUAUUGAUUUUCACAAUAGAAAGUACGAAGUAUUUUUGCAAAUGUACGAGGACCAAGUCAAGUAUCGGAAAAUUAUGGGCGUUUUAUAAUGUGUGAAGGAAAAUAAAGAUAUUUGUGAAAAUA